UGAACGGGAGAAUUACAUCACCCCAGCUCUCCUGUUUUUGUUCGCUGUCCAGUAGGGUUGCAUGACCACCGUAAUCAGAACCAGAUGGUUUCAGAAAGGCGGCAUACUUUACUGCUAGCUCUAGCUGUUUACAGUGCCGCCGCGCUCUUUCUCCUCCCCGCGAGACCUCAGUGUAGCUCUUUCUCACACUAAUGCAAACCGGCUCGUUUAACCUCGGUAACCCCCUCGGUCUAAUUUAUGGCCAGCUGUGGCGUAUUAAAGCACACGUUUUUUUUUUUUUUUUUUUUAAAGAGUCUUGUUAUCAUUUACUCGGAGCGAUAACACUAUUCCUCGUCGGUGGUCUUCCUGUCACGUUUAUCAAAGAGUUUUGCCAUUGCUUUGAGGCCACGUUGGCUAGUUCAGGGGUCAUUGGUGUGUAUCAGGUCUGAAUAAUGAAUGAACAUUUCCUCGGUGAAUUGCCCGAAGAUGGGCCAGCUAAUUCAGUUACACUGGCUGGUUUAUUUUGGGACAUUUGAUUACCAUAAAAACUUACAAAUGAGAAAAAAUAUCCUCUAGCAAUGUACUUGUGAAGUCAACGUUUCUUUCUGUAGGACAUAGCCAGAGUAUGAGCAGACAUCCUCUCCAAGACCAGGAUGCAGCAGGGGCCACGGCUCUUCACCUGGCUGCUCGUUUUGGGCAGGUGGCGGUGGUUCAGUGGCUACUGUCGGUGGGUGCAGGAGCCCAGGACCAGACAGACUGCGGGGCGAUUCCUGCCCACUACGCCACAGCGAGAGGCGACCUCACCUGUCUAAAGCUGCUGAUUCAACUCAAACCAGGGUGUGUGAAUUGUCAGACUGGCAUGGGUGCCACCCCUCUCUACCUGGCCAGCCAGGAGGGGCACCUGCACGUGGUGGAGUAUCUGGUGAAGGACUGCGGGGCGGAUGUCCACCUGCGGGCACACGAUGGCAUGAGCGCUCUGCACGCUGCAGCCCACAUGGGCCACCAUGCUCUCGUGGUGUGGCUUGCCACCUUCACAGACAUCAGCCUGUCGUGCCAGGAUAAGGAGGGGGCGACAGCCCUGCAUUUUGCUGCCAGCGCUGGGCACCACAGAAUCCUGGAGCGUCUCCUGCGUAUGGGGGCCCAGGUGCUCCAGGACUACUGGGGAGGGACGCCCCUGCAUGAUGCUGCCGAGAAUGGAGAGAUGGAGUCUGAUGGCUCCCUACAGUGCUGCAGGAUCCUGCUGGCGGGCGGAGUCAGCCCCUCCGAGCGGGAUGUGGACGGUUUCACGGCAGCUGACCUGGCCGAGUACAAUGGCCACUACGACUGUGCCAACUACCUGCGUGCUGUGGAGCGAAAUCCAGCCACUGCUGAUAAGCCUCUGGAAGAGGCAUUUCUCAUCGAGGAGGAGGAAGUGAGAGAGAAGCGGAGUGUUUCCUGGAAGCCCAGUGCUGAGGACUAUUACCGCCACCUCAGCAAACCUCGACAAGAAGCCCCCAACGACGGCCCAAAGAUGGACUGCCUGAAGCAACCAGAGAGUGUAGAGUCCCCCCAGGCCCGACACCCUGCGGCCUCCAAAGGACCAUCUCUUGUCGGCAUGAGAGGUGGCGUGAGUCCGCUGAUGAAGGCCGACCUCCAGAUCAACAGCUCUGUCAUAAAGAACUUCCAUCUGACCAAGCCAGCGGAAGCAGAGAAGAAGCUUCCUGGCGAUACGAAGCACGUCGUUAGCCUCAAACAAGCCGGCAUGACAGCAGUCUUCACCGGACAAGCUAGUAAGAUGGUGGUGUUGCCCACGGAGGAAGCCAACCUGUCUGACAUCGACUCCCUGGUGCCCACUCAUGAUGAGAGAGGGAGGCCCAUCGCAGAGUGGAAACGGCAGGUGAUGGUCAGGCAGCUGCAAGCUAGACUCCUGGAUGAGGAGGCCCAGAGGAGAAAGGAGAAUGGGAACAGGUACACAAAGAUGGAUAGCUGGAGAUACUCCCACUCCCACAAUGCCAUCCUGGGGCCUUUCGGUGAGAUGCUGACUGAGGAUGACCUCAUCUACUUGGAGAAGCAGAUCCAGAGUGUGUCCAUGCAGAGGAACUGCGAGAGCUAUGAGAUGGAGCUCGCCCGUCUGGCUGAGGAGCUCAGGCACAUCCUGCCGGCGCCCAUCGUCAACAUCAGCGUCAACACCCAGUUUCGCAACUUCCAGAGCCAGGUGCCUCUGCCUGUGUGGUGUAAUCGUAUAUCAGGGAUUGUGAAGAGCAUGUCUCUGCUUAUGACCAAUCUCACAGACCAGCCCUACAGCAAGAUGUUUAACAACGACCUGGUGACGGUCUUCUCUGAGAUGCAGACCACAAAGAGGGGCCACCGGGAGAAAAUUGAGACUGAGAUCCACCAGUUUGGCGUCUCUGUGCGCAACCUAAAGUCCAAUUUCGAGAACCAGGUCUGUACUCAAGAGGUGGUUGAGGAAGAUGAGACCACCAUCUCCAUUCAGGAGGCUCCUGAAGAGACAAUUCUUGAGGUAGAACCACCCAAGAGUAGCUCUCCCUCACCUGAGGCAGACCAGGGCAACGACUCUGGUAUAGAUUACAAUGAGAAUGUUGUGGAUGUCAUGGAAACCACCAGCUUGCGUAAGGAACGGAUUGUGGUCCUGUUCCUGGGCCACUGGAAGAAGUCGGCCUACACUGUGACCCUUAAGACCAAGGAAGCAGGGAGGAAGCUGAGCUUAUCUGAAGUCUCUGUGAAGGCCCCCGUCCACCGCAAAGCAAGCGCAGAUGUGGUCUCCCAGAAGAGGAGCAUCGAGAACGGUUCCCUGGGAACAUUCUUCAAGCAGCGCAGCACCAUCAACAAAAUGCUGGGCAACUGGAAGAGCAUUAUCUCCAGUGUCCCCUCACGCCAGAUCCGACGCCUCAACCGGCAGCAGGCCCUCUUUUCACCCGAGCAGUUCCUACCCCGGGUGGAUGGCUCACCAGUGGACUACGACAGCCUGACCCUUGACCUCUUUAUGCUGGGCUACUUCCAUAUCCUGGAGCUGGACUUGCCCCCAGAUGAACGGAAGAUGAGGCACCUGCUUUGCUUCGAGGUGUUUGACCAUGUGGGCCGCUUCACCUGGGAGACAGUCCGCGACUUCCACAAGGCAGUCAUCCAAGACAUCGAGGCUGGGAACAGGGAAUGGAAGGACGGAUUUGAGGACAUCAAAGUGAGGUUCUUUGGCGCUGGGUCUGGCCAGGCCGAACUUCCCAGCCCAGAGAAGAAUCCACAGGUGGAGAAAAGGCCAGUGCCUAAAGUCAUUGUCCAGACCCCAACACCAGAUGAAGGGGCCACGUUGAAAAGUGGAUCGGACAUUACCAGUUUCAGUAAUGAAGAGAUCUGCAAGUACAUUGAUCGCAGUUUUGCCUUUUGGAAAGAGAAAGAAGCAGAAAUUUUUGAUUUUGAGUAGUUAGCCUCAUUUGUCUUUUGAUACUUUUGUACACAUUUUAGUAUAGAUUGUUGACUUGACAGCUUCAGUAUAUUUUGAAUAGUGAGAUGAUGCAAUCAUGAGUGAAUUUUUUCAGUACUUUUUGGAGAUAAGAUAUUACUGCAUUUCCUUUGUGGACUAAAAUAUCUAAGUUGUGUUGACAUUAUUGUGGUCUCAAUUUGUGUCUGCUUUUAUGCUUUGCUAUAGGUUUCCAUAGUGACAAACAUGAUGUGCUCUUAGAUUUUGAAGCAAAUAUAGGUCAAAGGCUAAACAGCAAUAAAAACUGGAACAAAUGGUUUUAGAAGAUGAAUUGUCAUGAUGAACUGUUUGUAUAUAAUAAUAUAUACUCAAAUGACUAUUAAUAAUCUCAACUGACAACUUAAUACAACUAACAGCAUUUAUUAAAAAAAUAAAACUGCUUCCAUCAUUGGUUAAAUAGUGUUACAGUCUACAGGAGAGUGCUUGAUUGGCAGUUGACCAGCUGCCUCUUUAAAGUAAUGAAGUUAUCCUUCCCUGUGAGUAUGUAGCCUCUGGUUUUGGCAUCUAUAAUGUUUUCAUGAAGCAUCUCUAGGGCUUCAGAUUCUGGCCAUGGAUGGACAUGUGCCUUUAAGAGCAGGUGAGGGGUUUAUAUGUGUGGGUGGGGGGAGUGUGGGGGUAGGGGUAGGGCAGUGUUGUGUGUGGAAUCUGAGUCUCGUCCACCAUGGUCUGUUGGGCCUAAAAAUAGCUGGCUGAAAGACCAGCAGUCUGUCCCAGUGACUCUGCAGAAGCCCUCACACUCUUCAGUCCCACUGACCUCAUGCUGUCUCAACUAGCCGUUACGACACUCUGCUUUCUUAGGCGAACAAUGUGUGAUUACUGCCUCUUUUCACCUCCCAGACUUGAAACUUUCCAAGAGGGUUGACCACAGACCACUGCUUGGAGGACAUCAGAGACUUUCUGAG